GUAGUAUGGUCGUUGCCGCUGAUGGAGAACCCCACACCAGCUAGAACACGAAAAAUUCAGUUAAUUACUCUGUAAGUUUAUAUGCCUGACAAGACACGGGAUGAGUUGGGAGUGAUUAGGCAAGCGGACCGGCCAGGCGAUGAUGACGGCCGGGUCGAUCUGGUUAUCCCAUCACCCAACUACCAGAUAGGUUACAGGACUAGUCGUGCUAAUAAUUAUUUCACUCGUGUCUUCUUCUUCUUCUUCUUCUAGCUAGCUAGCUAGCUACCCCCCCUCUCAGCUAAUUCAACAAGUUGAAAGCUUAUUAGCAGAGGAGAGCUGAGAGCAUAGCCAUGGCGGACGAGACGGCGGCGGCCACUGCGAAGCCGAAGACGGCGGAGCUGGAUCCGGUGCUGCACGCGAUGGGGUUCGAGCUCGAGUCGCUAUCCCCGUCGCUCCUCACCGGCCGGCUGCCCGUGACCUCGCGGUGCUGCCAACCGUUCAAGGUGCUCCACGGCGGCGUGUCGGCGCUGGUGUCGGAAGCGAUGGCGAGCAUGGGCGCCCACAUGGCGUCGGGGUACAGCCGCGUGGCCGGGGUCCACCUCGCCAUCAACCACUUCCGGAGCGCCGCCGUGGGCGACGUCGUCGUCGCCCGCGCCGUCCCCGUCCACCUCGGCCGCUCCACGCAGGUCUGGGAGGUCAAGCUAUGGAAGCUGCUCGUGGAGCCGCCGGAGCCGGAGAAGAAGAAGGUGCUGAUUGCGGAGUCGAGGGUGACGCUGCUGUGCAAUUUGCCCGUGCCGGAGAGCCUCCGACAUGCCGGAGACGCGCUCAAGAAGUACGCCGCCGCUGCGGAUGCGAAUCCAGUCGCCCCCAUCAGUAAACUGUAAUUACAUACUUACUCAGUUACUCGGACCUUUGAUUGCUGUGAUGUUCGUUCGUCCGCGAUAAUAAUAAUAAUAAAAUUUAUGGUAAAUGA